UUUUUUCAGUCUCUCCGUGCUUCAACCUUGAAUCUCAGAAACCCUAGAAAAAAUGCCUUUCAAGAGGUUCGUCGAGAUUGGGAGGGUUGCUCUGAUCAACUACGGAAAAGACUACGGUAGACUCGUUGUCAUCGUUGAUGUCAUCGACCAGACCAGAGCUCUUGUUGAUGCUCCUGAUAUGGAGAGGUCCCCUAUAAAUUUCAAGAGACUUUCACUCACUGACCUCAAGAUUGAUAUUAAGAGGGUUCCCAAGAAGAAGGAUCUCGUCAAAGCUUUGGAGGCUGCUGAUGUUCAGAACAAGUGGGCAAAGAGCUCAUGGGGCAGAAAAUUGAUUGUGAAGAAGACUAGAGCAGCACUCAAUGAUUUUGAUAGGUUCAAGAUAAUGUUGGCAAAGAUCAAGAGGGCUGCUGGUGUUAGGCAAGAGCUUGCUAAGCUGAAGAAGACUGCAGCUUAGGCAUUAGUUAGUGAUCAAAUUUUGAAUAUUCCAAUGACUUUAUUUUGAUAUUAGUACACUCCGGUUUGUUUUAUGAUAUUCUAUGUAAUCAUUGAGGGACUUCCUAGAAAGGGUUAUUUUCAAAGCUCAUAUUAGUGGAUUGAUAUUCAGUUCUUGCCAA